AUGACUGCUAAUAGUAAAAAUCAAGACGAAUGGUAUACAAUCGCUUGCGGUAGAACACAAUUUACAUUACCCGUACGAUAUCAAAAUCUUGUUCAUAUUGGAGAAAGACCUUUUGGUGCUGUAGUUCGUGCUACAGAUACAGAAACAGGUAAAUAUGUAGCGAUUAAAAAAAUCUUCCAUCCUUUUCAAACUCCAAUUCUUGCAAAACGAACUUAUCGAGAACUUAAACUACUUAUGUAUCUUAAUCAUCCUGAUGCACACGUUAUACAAUUGUACAAUUUGUUUACAUCAGAGAAAAAUAUCGAUGAUUUUCAAACAUUAUAUUUUGUACUUAAUUAUGUUGAUUAUGAUCUGGAUCGGGUCAUCAAACGUAAUUUGCCGUUUACAGAAGAUCAAAUAAAAUAUAUUAUUUAUUCACUUCUUCGUGGCUUAAAGUUUAUUCAUUCAGCUGGUAUUCUUCAUCAUCAUUUGAAGCCAAGCAAUAUUAGAAUAGAUAAAAAUUCAAAUAUUACAGUUUUUGACUGUGACUUAGCUCGUAGGACAGGGGAUAUUGACUAUUAUAGUUAUGUUGAACGUAGAUGGUGGCGCGCACCUGAAGUAAGUCUUUGUAAGAAAAAUAAUGAUGAUAAACUCGAUAUAUGGUCGAUCGGUUGUAUAAUGGCAGAACUCAUCCUGCUUCGACCAGUUUUUCGUGGAACAAAUGAUAUUGAUCAGUUAGACAAAAUAUUUGAUAUUAUCGGUACACCAGACUUAGUAAUAUUAAAUGAUAUAUGCGUACCAGUUGCAGCUGCUUGUAUUAGCCAAUUGCCACCAAAAACAAAAAAAGACUAUAAUGAAUUGUUUGGAUUCAAAUAUGAUCCAGUAAUACAAACACCAACAUCUGGUGUAUCACCAGAAGGUAUUGAUUUUCUUGAUCAUCUAUUAUCUUUUGAUCAUCGUACACGUCCAACUACUGAAGAAGCCUUAUCUCAUCCAUUCUUGAAGAGUUUUCACGACCUCAUGGAUGAACCAACUAAAGAAUAUUUAGUUGAUGAACAUCAGAAUGAAGUAUAUAGUAUAUCAGAAUGGAAAUCAAUAAUAUGGCAAAUGUUAGAAGAGUUUGUACCACCAUCUUGGGUUAAUGAUGAAGAUGAUGUUGCUAAUGAUUGA